AUGGCAGCCUACGCAAGCAUCCUCCUUCUGGCCGCUCUCUGCAUAGGGACAGCCUAUUCCCUGCAAUGUUACACCUGCACCGCUGCAUCCAGCAACAGCAACUGUCAGACGGCGACUAACUGCACAUCUGGACUAAACUACUGCGAAACGGACGUAGCAUCUGCUUCAGCCGUUGGAAUUUCUGUAACCACCAUAACCAAGUUUUGCACCUCCAGCUGCACGCCAACCAGCACCAGCUACUAUGUGGGCUCAACUUCCACGUCCUGCUGCUCCACUGACCUGUGCAACACCAGCGGAGCCAUCAGCAUCAAGUCCACCUAUUCCGCCAUUUUCCUGGUGCUGGGAACCAUUGCCAUGCUCUUCAGCAGCUCCCUUCUCUGAAGUAUGGUGUGAGAUAAUGCAUUGCCCUCCUGCACCAA